AUGAGUACACCUACGGCCUAUGGAAUAAAAUUGCAAAAGGAUGAUGGUUCUCACUCUAUAGAUGCUUCAACUUAUAGGAGCAUGGUUGGUUUCUUUGUUGUAUUUAUCUGUAACAAACUAGAUAUCAUGUUUGCAACAAAUUUACUGUCGAGAUCCAUGAUUAUGAAUUCUCCAACUGAAAACCAUCUUACACCAGCCAAACGAGUUCUGAGAUAUGUGCAAGGGACUGCUGAAUUUGGUUUGUUUUAUAGAAGAUUAAAUGGUGUGAAGUUGUUAGGGUUCUCAGACAAUGAUUGGGCUGGUUCAUUGGACGAUAUGAAGAGCACUACUGGUUUUUGUUUUUCACUUGGUUCUGAUGUCAUUUGCUGGGGAACAAGAAAGCAAGCUUCAGUUGUUCAAUCAACUACAGAAGCAAAGUAUGUUGCAGCAUCUGCUACUGUAAACCAAGCUAUAUGGUUGAGAAAUGUGUUAAUUGAUCUGAAUUUUCAGCAAGAAAAUCCAACUAAAAUACUUUGCGACAACAAAAUCAGCUAUUGCUAUGGUUAA